AUGUCCAUGGACAACAGGAAGAGGCAAUCAGGUUCCUCCAACUCUAUUAACACGGGUUACUGGUCCUCUUUGUUUCUACGGCAACCAGCCAGAGUUCUGAUUGUAGAAGCACUUCCACCCUGGUGGUCCGAGACAUGUGCAGUCCUCUGUGAUGCCCUGGACAACUUCCUGUCCCUGGCUUGUAGUCUGGAUGGACCCUGUAGGAUACCACUACUCAGCCUGUAUGCCAUCAGCAGGCAGCAGGAGUGUCUGCUGCCAUUUGUGCAGGUCCGUGGCAACGUAGCCAGGCUGCGUUCCUGUGUCGACGAGCUGAGAUCUAUUCCAGGUGAAGGUUGCAUCAGAGGAGCAGCCAAAGGAGGCGAGCUGCUGCGACAGGCAGUGCUGGACAGUCUUCAACAGUUCAAACAGUACACCAGACAUACAGCUAAUGGCACCCAUGCUAACAACACAUCUUUGGAGGUGACUGUGGUGACCAGCCAGGCAGGGCGGGGCAUUGUUCGCCAUUUGGAGAUGGGACUCAAAGACGCUGACCUGGUGUCCCUGAAGCGGCUCCUUGUGGUACAGAUCUAUAGUGCAGCAGAAUGGGGCCAGGAAAACCUCUCAACUGAAAACAAACACUCGGAGCCUGAAG